AUGAAAAAAAGGCUCGAAGAAGAACUUCAAUAUUUCAUUAAUGAGAUAAUAAAUAAUUUACUUGCAGAAAAAUGUCAAGAAACAAAUGAAAUUGACAAACUUGUUGAAAAGCAAAAUAAUAUAACUAAUAAAUUAAAAAUAUAUUUACAAUGUUUUACAUCAAACAUUGAUAACAAAAAGCGAAAUUGCUCUAAUUGUAACACCAAAUUACCAACACUUACUUUAAUAAAUCAAGCUUCGUCUAAUCAAGCUUCAUCUUUUCAACAACCAUUAGUAUCAGAAAAUACAAAUAAAACAAUAAUAUUUAAACUUUACGAAUUUAAAGAACUAAGCGAAUCUAGUAUUAAA